AUGUGGAAGAUAUUUACGCUCAAUGGCAAUUACAAGUGGGUUAACAAACAGCCGCGUCUCGUGUCAGAUUACAAGCAUGCGUGCAAGCAUCGCACCAUCGGCAUGCGACCCACCGACAUAACUUCCGCCGAAAGACUUGGACACAGUGUACAGCGCGAUAAAGAUCGCGGGUACUACAAAAUUCACAGUAGGCGAUUCGGUACGCGUGAGCAAGUACAAGACGAUUUAAAAUCCGUUGCUGGAGAGUUCUACGAGCACGAGUUGCAUUGCGCUACUCAUCCGGAUGAAUAUCUCGUGAAGAAAGUGCUGCGCAGGAAGGGAGACAAGGUAUACAUCAAGUAG